AUGCCUUUCGGGCUUACCAAUGCACCAUCUACCUUCCAAGGUCUUAUGAAUGCAGUCUUUAGACCUUUUUUGCGAAGGUUUGUUCUUGUAUUCUUCGACGACAUACUGGUUUACAGCAGCUGUAUGGAGGAACACAUUGAUCAACUAAGGCAGGUGUUAAACACACUUGCUAGUCACUGUUUAUAUGCGAAGAGAUCUAAAUGUCUGUUUGGGGUCCCUGAGGUCGAAUACUUGGGUCACAUAGUAACUAGUGCUGGAGUUAAAGCUGAUCCUAAAAAGAUAGCUGCUAUGUUGGACUGGCCAGUACCUAAAAAUAUAAAAUCCCUAAAGGGUUUCCUCGGCUUAACUGGGUAUUAUUGUAAAUUCAUCAAGGGCUAUGGUCUAAUUGCAGCUCCCCUCACUCACCUUUUAAAAAAGAAUUCCUUCUCUUGGGAUGACAAGGCUGCUACGGCUUUUGUGGAGCUUAAAACAGCAGUUACAUCACCUCCAGUGUUAAGGCUGCCUGAUUUCUCUCAACCCUUCACUUUGGAGUGUGAUGCAAGUGGAGGGGGUAUAGGUGUUGUUCUCAUGCAGCAAGGGCAACCUAUAGCCUUUUUAAGCAAGGCAUUAAAAGGAAGGGCUUUGAAUAUGUCCACCUAUGACAAGGAGCUCCUAGCUCUUGUCACAGCUGUGCAUAAAUGGCAGCCUUACUAA